GAAUACACGAUCAAAACAAUCACCUUCAUUCACUGACGACGACGACGAUUCCAGAUUGCAGGUGUAGUGCCGGCAAUCAAAUCUCGGUUUUACAAUAACGAUUUCUCCAACAACCGCCUCACCAUGAACGCCCGGUUGUUGCUGCUGGUGAUGAUGGGCGGCCUGCUGCCAUCGAUUCUGGCACUUCCGGUUGUGACGCAGAAGCCCACGGUUCCGGAGGAGAAAAAAGACAAUCCCGAAGAGAACACCGUGGAGCGAAUGGAGAGCAUCAUUGAGUAUAACAAAUACUUGCAAGAAGUCGUCAACGUGCUCGAAAGUGAUCCUGCAUUUGCAGAAAAGCUGCAAAAAGCUGCUGAAACGGACAUUCGGUCCGGUAAAAUUGCACAGGAGCUUGAAUUCGUCAGCCAUCACGUGCGAUCGCGGCUGGACGAGUUGAAGCGAAUGGAACUACAGCGGUUAAAGGAGGCAGCUACCAGACAGUUUGAGCUGACGAACGAGAUCGAUCGGGAUCACCUGAAGAUCAGCGGGCAUCUGGACCACUCCAAUCCGCACACUUUCGAGAUUGACGAUCUGAAGAAGCUUAUCCUGAAAACGUCCCAAGACCUGAUGGAAAACGAUCGCCGGCGGCGGGAAGAUUUCAAGCAGUACGAACUGCAGAAGGAGUUUGAGAAGCAGGAGAAACUCCGAGCCCUCGAUGAGGAACACAAGAAGGCGUACGAAGAGGAGCUAAAGAAACAACAGGUAAAGCAUGACAAUCACGAGAAGAUCCACCAUCCGGGCAACAAGGCGCAACUGGAAGAGGUCUGGGAGAAACAGGAUCACAUGGACGCGCAGGACUUUGAUCCGAAAACCUUCUUCAUGCUGCACGAUCUCGACGGCAACAACAUGUGGGACGAGAACGAAGUGAAGGUGCUGUUCAUUAACGAGCUGAACAAAAUGUACCAGGCCGGGGCACCGGAGGACGACAUGAAGGAGCGGGCCGAGGAGAUGGAGCGUAUGCGGGAGCAUGUGUUCCAGGAAGCGGACACCAACAAGGACGGGCUGAUUAGCUUCGAGGAGUUUGUGGAGCAAACCAAGCGCGACGAGUUCCAGAAAGAUCCCGAGUGGGAAACGGUUGACCACCAACCGCAGUUCACGCACGACGAGUAUCUGGAGUUUGAGCGUCGCCGCCAGGAGGAGGUGCAACGGUUGAUCGCGCAAGGAAAGCUGCCACCGCACGCUAACAUGCCGCAGGGUUACCAUCCCGAACCGAACGGUCAAUAUCAGGUUCACCCGAACGCUAUUCCCCAGCAGCACUACCCUCCGCAGCAACCGCCGCAUUAUCAACAGCAACAGUAUCACCAACAGCAGCAACAGCAACACUAUCAGCAACAACAGCAACAGUAUCAGCAGCAACAGCAUCAUCAGCAGUACCAACAAGGACCACCUCCAGUGCCGCAACCUAAUCACCAUCCAGCACAGCAACAGAUAAACCCACAGGGCGCUGCAUUUACCGGACAGCAGUCGACGGUGUACUCGGGUCACCAACAACCCGUACAAAAUCAAGUACACCCAGCGCCACCACAGCAACAUGAUACGCAACAGCAGCACUACCAGCAGCAGCCGCCACCGCAACAGCAGUUCCAGUCGAAUCAUAUUCCGCAAAAUGCCCCACAACAGCACCCUCAACAAGUUAACAUACAGCCAAAUCAACAACCUCCACAACAGGCGGCGGCACAACCUGUCCCUGCUCCUGUUCCGCAACCAUCUGGACAGCAGCAAGCGCCUCAACAACAACCACCCGUCUCGGCGCAGCCAUCGGUGGUGCAAAUGAAACACUAGAUAGGCACACUACCCAUAGGGACAUUUGUUUCACUGAGCAAAUGAAACAAAAGAAAAUCAAUCAGUCAAUGCCAACGAAGUUCUCUGUUUACAAAUCCUCCCCCAUUUGGAGCUUCCAAAAUAUUAACAAAGGAAGUGCCUCUUCCUCCUCGACCAACACUCCGCGCGCUCCAAGUAGAUAGAUUGUUGCGAGUUGGUAUAAAAAAAAGAAUUAGAAUAACAAAAUAGCAUUGAAUUAAAAGAAGUUGAAACCUGUGGACCCGGAGAUUGCAGGAUGUGUGUUUCGGUGUUGGUGUCCAGUUUCGACAAUGUACCAUGAUUACCGCCCUCUUUGAACUUGAAUAAUUUGUGAUGCGAUUGUAACUCUAUUGUAGAACUAAUUUCGUGAUGUCUGUUUUAUACACUUAUAUUCCAUUCUUAUUUUUGUAUGUAAAUUACAGCAGCAAUAAACGUUUGUUC